AUGCUCUCCAGCCUCAAGAACCCGCGGCAGGCGGCUGCCCAGCUCCUCAACUUCGGCCUCAUCCUGUCGACGGCCUUUAUGAUGUGGAAAGGUCUUUCCGUGAUUACCGACUCUCCCUCGCCCAUCGUCGUCGUUCUUUCCGGCUCCAUGGAGCCCGCCUUCCAGCGUGGCGACCUCCUCUUCCUCUGGAACCGAAACCUUCUCCGCGAGACCGAUGUUGGCGAAGUUGUCGUGUACAAUGUCAAGGACAAGGACAUCCCGAUUGUCCACCGCAUCGUGCGGAAGUUUGGAGCUGGCGCCUCGGCCAAGCUGCUUACCAAGGGCGACAACAAUGCAGCCGACGACACGGAGCUCUACGCGCGCGGACAGGACUACUUGGAGAGACAGGACAUCAUUGGCAGCGUGGUUGCCUACAUUCCCUUUGUCGGAUACGUCACGAUCCUCCUCUCGGAACACCCUUGGCUAAAGACGGUUAUGCUGGGAAUCAUGGGACUUGUUGUUGUGCUGCAGAGAGAAUAG